AUCUGCUUCCCAUCGUGCCUACCCCUCAAAAAAAUACAUUUUUUUUUUUUUUGUGUGGGUUUUACAGAGAAUUUCUCAACCAUGAGAAUAAGGAAGCAUGCCAAAAUUUCCCCGCUCCUCUACACUUGCUCUCCAUUCCCCGGUCCUCACCUCUGUCAGCUCAAUCAGUCUCCAUGGGAUGUUAUCACAUUCCCCGACGAUAAUAAUAUUAUUGACCAGCAGCCACUACUUGUUGCUCCUCCACCACCGGCUUCUUCUUCUUAUCAGUUGGAUGGAUAUGAUUGCCGUGUUGUAAAUGAAACCUUUUCUGAUUCUCAACAGAGCAUCACGUCAAUGAAGUUGGACGAUAACGGGGAGACGAAAAAGAUGAAUUUUUUAGACAAUAAUAUCGCUGAUGUGCCUGCUGAUUGUAGUGAUUUCGAGAAAGACGAGGAGAUGGUAGAUGGAGAUAAUAAUGUUACAACAAUGUGCGUCAAGAAUGACGGGAAGGGAUGGCAAUGCAGUAGAGAGGCAAAAAGAGGGCAUAAUUUAUGUGAGCACCAUUUUGCUCAAGGGAAGAAGCAUUGCAGUAGCAACAACUCAGCUCAAUAUUCUACUACUGCUGCUGCUAACUCCGACACCGAAAUAAAGCAAACUGUGGCGAUGGUGGCCGAGCCAACUCCGAGUUCUCGCGGCCGCCCUCAUCGUCCUAAGAAAUCAUCGUCUUCCGAAUAUUAUUAUUAUUCUGGUUUUGGUCCUUUAUGGGGCAAGAAAAGAGGUCCAUCUACUGGGAAGAAUAAUAAUAAUACAGCACCACCCGUAGCAGGAGCAGCUGCAAUCUACUCUAGUCAUGACAGUACUACUCAAGGGGGACAAUCUUCGUCUCCUCAAAUGGAUGAUGAAGGAGCUGAGCACGUUGAAGAUGAGGAUGAUGAUGGUGAAGAAGUUGAAAACUGUAAGCUGAUCAAAAGAGCCCGUAAGCCCAUCAAAGCCAGGUCACUCAAAUCUCUAAUGUGAAAUUCUAAACAGCAAUUUCUAGCUAGCUAAUCCAUGUAAUGUUUUUUGGUCGACGUGUGUUAUUAAAAUUAUUUUAGAAUGUACUCCCCGUUUUAUUUUAUGUGGCAUAGUUUGAUUG